AUGAGGUUCUACGUCACGGUCCUGGUAGUUGCGGCCUGCCUCGUCGCCUCAUCCCACGCGCUCCCCGCAGACCAGGCGGCAGUCUCCCGGGCUACGUCGCUAACUGAGGCUUUCUCCGUCGUCGACAAGGAGGGAGUUGAGGAGAAGCGGCGCCUGCGAUUCAAGUCGACCAACAAGGGUAAAGAAGACGACGCUAAUGAAGAAGUAGAAGAACGAGGCGGUGGUUUCAACCUCGACCUCACGGGGGUGGGGAACUUGUUCAAGGCUAAAGACCCCCAGGGAAUAGCAGACGCGGCGAAAAAAGCCGCUAGUAUGGAGUUCUGGGGGAAAGUGGCGAACAGGCUCAGCUUCCGACGUGAGCGAUUUCCUUCGUGGCAGAAGGACGGUAUGGAGGUCAACUCGAUCAUCGCCCAACUGGAGGCCCACGGCUUCACGGGCAAAAACUUCGACGAAAUCGCCAAAAAGUACGCCCACUUCAAGCAGACUGGCGAGAUUUUGUAA